UUCUGUUUAUUUUUCUAUAAAAUCUUGGGGGUAAAUCGUGGUUUCUCAGUACCUUACACUUCUUCUAUCUGAAGCCUCAGCUACUCAUCCCUCUAACAGCCACCAUGGUUCACUGGACAGCCGAAGAGAAGGCCACUAUCAACGCCGUAUGGAAGAAAAUUGAUCUUGAGCAUGAUGGUGGAGAUGCUCUAGGAAGGCUGCUCCUGGUCUACCCCUGGACCCAGAGGUAUUUCAGUUCUUUCGGAAACCUGUCCAACGCAGCUGCAAUUGCUGGAAAUGCCAAGGUACAGGCCCACGGCAAAAGGGUCCUGGGAGCUCUGGACAACGCUGCCCACCACUUGGAUACCAUUAAGGCCACUCUCCGCGACCUCAGUGACAGCCAUGCCCACCGUCUGUAUGUAGAUCCAGAAAACUUCAGAGUAUGUAUUUAUUAUUAUUAUUUUUAUUAUUAUAUUCUAUAUAACUAUGGUCAUUCUCAAAUAAGACAUGUUUUAGUAGUUAUGAACAGUUAUUCUCUCCCACUGGCCCAUUUAAAGUGGAUAACAUUUAAGAUGAAUAGGGGUUUCCACUAUGUCUCCAAUUUACAUUUGAGGAAUUUCUUGUAAAAUACUAAACUUCAG